AUGGAAAAUAUUUCCCAUAACGAUAAUUAUACGUUGCCACCACACUUUCGCUGUGACUCCCAAUCGUGCCCUCUCUUUCCUGUCUCUAUCUUGGUGCCUGUGACAACCGUCUGUAUCGUCCUGUUCAUCCUCGGGGUCACCGGCAACACCCUAACAAUCCUGGUGGUAAGAAGGUACAAGGACAUGAAGACCACCACUAACCUUUACCUGUCCAGCAUGGCCAUGUCUGACCUGCUCAUCUUCCUGUGCCUGCCCUUUGACCUGUAUCGCCUGUGGAAGUACAAGCCCUGGCUCUUGGGGGAUUUCUUGUGCAGGUUUUACCAUUACAUUAACGAAGGCUGCACCUUCGCGACAAUCCUGCAUAUCACAGCCCUGAGCAUCGAGAGGUACCUCGCCAUCUGCUUCCCUCUUAAAGCCAAGGUGUUCAUCACCAAGCGAAGAGUGAGGUCAGUUAUCGCCUUGCUGUGGUCUCUGGCCUUACUGUCCGCUGUACCCUUCUUUCUCCUGGUCGGAGUGGAAUAUGAGAUGUGCGGACACACCGAAUACGCCGUCAGCUCGGGGCUCUUAAACAUCAUGAUCUGGGUGUCCACCAUCUACUUCUUCUUCCCCAUGUUCUGCCUCACUUUCCUCUAUGGGUUCAUCGGAAGGAAACUGUGGAAAAGCAAGGACGAGAUCGGGGGUCCGACUGCUGCGAACCGAGAGCUUCACCACAGACAGACAGUCAAAAUCUUGGCUGUGGUUGUCCUGGCGUUUGCUAUCUGUUGGUUGCCUUUUCACAUUGGCCGCAAUCUAUUCUCCAGCAGCUCUGUGAGUGGGGGCGUUGACAUGUACGUGCUCAGCCAGUACUUCAACAUCGUUUCCUUGCUGCUCUUCUACCUCAGCGCCUGUAUCAACCCCAUCCUUUACAACGCAAUGUCCAAAAAGUACAGAAUGGCAGCUCGCAAGCUGCUGUUCUCUCGCCAAGCUCGGCCAUGGUCUACCUUCAGCACCCGGGACAUCAGGGACGACACUUCCGCCUGGACAGGGACAAGUACCAGUGUCUGA